CGCCCUGCACCGGAAGAAGAAGGCGGGAGGCAGGGCUCGGCCCGGGAGGGGUUGCCGCGGCCUGCACCUUGGUCGUCGGACGCGGCCUCGCAGCAGCCCGGCAUCCUAGAGGAGGACCGGCACCCGUCGGUUACCGGACGGGACCCGGCAGCCCCUGUCCCGGGGGAGAGCAGGAGGGAUGGAGCUGGACGGGCUGCUGCUGGACGAGGAGGGCACAUUCUCCCUCAGCGGAUUCCAGGAGUUCACAUUCCUGCCCAGGCACCAGAAGCUGAGCGAGAGGGUGCGGAAGCGGCUCUAUUACGGCUGGGACAAAGACUGCAGCCUGGAUAAUCUCUCCAGCCCCGUGGCAGAUAUUGCUGUGGAGCUGCUGCAGAAGGUGGCUCCCAGCCCAAUCCGCAGACUCCAGAAGAAAUAUGUGUCUCAUGUAUCUCGGGAAGCUUGCAUCUCACCCUGCUCCAUGAUGCUGGCACUGGUUUACAUUGAGAGACUUCGGCACCGGAACCCUGAAUACCUCCAGCAGAUUUCGUCUUCAGACCUCUUCCUGAUCUCCAUGAUGGUUGCUAGUAAGUACCUGUAUGAUGAGGGUGAGGAGGAGGAGGUGUUCAAUGAUGAGUGGGGAGCAGCAGGGAAGGUGGAUGUCCAGACCAUGAACACACUGGAGAUGAAUUUCCUGAGUGCCAUUGACUGGAGUCUCUACACAGAUCCACGGGAGCUGUUUGAAGUGCUGAGCUGGCUGGAAGGACGUGUGGCAGAAAAGCAGGGCAUGUGGCGUGGCUGGUUCACCUACACAGAUCUGUGUGUCCUCAUGGAGCAGUCCAUGUGGCAGCAUGUGCUGGGCCAAUUCUACCAGCAAGUGGUAAAGCUGGCCUGCCUCCUGGGUGUGGUGUACCUGACUGGCUUUGCUGCCCUCUUCGCCUCCGUCAGUGUGGUGCACCGGGCUGUGUGCACGAGGAGCAUCAGCGCUGCAGCCCACCAGCCUGCGCUGUUCCCCGAGGAAGGCAGCUGCCAGCUGGAUGCCCAGCCAGCCCCAUGCCCAGACCAGGCCCAGCCCAAGCUGCCCGACAUCUCCCCAGCCAACAGCAGUGCCUGUUGCUUGGGGGAGAGUGAGCCGCCGGAGGAGCGGCGGCGUGGGGAUGUCCUGGCGACGGCACUGUACCUGUGGGGCAGUGUGAUGACGGCGCUGUCCUACCCGAAGGCUCCUGAUCUAGCCCAGCACAGGAGCCCCCCGCAAGGCCCCUUCCGGAGAGUGCCUACUGCCUGUGAGAGAUCAAACCGCACCAGCCCUGCCUCGGCUGCCAGCCAGCCUGGACCCUUCGGACUUGCCAUGCUUCCAGCUCCUCCGGCGCUACACUGCCACGCCUGCUCCGCCAGCACAGGCCCCACGUGGGAUGCAGCCCCCAACCGCAAGGACUGGCUGGAACCCCUGGGGUUGAGGCAGUGCUCCUUGCACACUGCCAUGGAUCUCAGCAGAAUCAAAAGCUUCAUUUUUCCCAGUUAGAAGCAUGGGGCAGCAGCCUCUUCCCUUCCCUCCUUGUGUGGCACAACUCACUUCCUUGCACUUCUGGGACCCUUGAUCCUUGGGACUGUAUGGGGCUGGAGGUUCCUGCAUUACUUUCAAACCAGCAUUUGUGUUCCCUCUCACCCAGGGCAAGGGCAUUCUUCAAUUUUGGGGCUGCUGGAAUGGCUUUGGGGCAGAUUUGGGAUUGCUGUUGGUGUGCUGGGGUGGAAACCUAAUAAAUAGAGGGCAGAAACUCGGUGCCCUUGGGCUGGGGUGCUAAGGGAAGGGGGAUGUUGUACCUGUUCCUAUAGCAAGUGGGUGGACUUCAGCAUUGCUAGGCAGAGGUGGUGUGUGGGAUGUAGGAUGCCAGGGCUGUGUGUGCAGGGUGGAGGACCUAAGGCAGUGACACCAGUGAGGGGGCAGAGUGCCCCAGAAGGAGAUGGGAUCCCUGGGCAAGGAGAAAAGAGGUUGAAGGAGUGGGGCCCAAGCAACCUGAGCUGGCUGGAUAUAGCAGCAAUUGCCCUUGAGGGCUGCCGGGUCAUUCCUUGGAAGGCACAAGGGUCACACCAAGAAGAGACUCCAGUAUGGCUGUGCCUCAGCAGGCUUAGAAGUAGAGAGGUGUGGUUAAGACUGAGUUUCCUUAUCCUACUUGUGUUGGGUGUUUAGAAAUGGGUGCUCUAUGACCCUAUCCCAAAACACCAGCUGUCUGUGAGCAAACAGUGCCUGACUGCUCCUUGGGGUGGGGAGAAGGCACCUUGUCUUGCUGCCCAGACCAGCUCGUGAUGCCCCUUCUUUCUACUGUGGAUUUUACACCUGUUUUUCACUCUUUUGUAGAUGCAAAUCUCUUCCAAUAAAAGUAGUUCUUGCUGUGUGCAUGCCUGAUCCUGCUG